AUGACGACGCAAUUCGCCUUUGUCACAUACGGUGGGGACUACAAGCAGACACCUGCUGACAGGUCUCUGGUCCGCAGGCACUGCAUGAAGGGCCGGAACAAGCGCGAGGGAUCCCGUCGCUCUGACCGGGAAGCCAGACAGGCAGCCAAGCAAGUUGUCAGUAUGGGUGUCGACAUAAGCGAUAUCCCUGUCACCAGGGGCCGAUCAAGUUCAGCUACAGCUCAAGAAGAAAAUGCAUAUAUUCCUAGGACGAUCCUACGGCGUGAAAAGCCAAUGUCAGAGUCACUAGAUGAGGACCCAUGGACUCGUCCCCCCAAAGUACCUCGAGGCUUUGCCUUUGGAGCGGCAGUCAAUGAAUUUGCGAAUGCGGUCGGCCAAAUGCCCGAGUCGCUGAUGCGACAGUUCAUGGCUUUCAAUCGCAUCACGGAAGCCUCGUACCCUCUUGUCGAGACUGUGGUCGACUUCAACGACAAUGGAGGCUUGGGUUCCAUCUGGCCGUCUUUUGACAAGUCAUUCCUCCACACUAUUCUCUUUAUCAACUCGGCCGUCAAUGAUUGGGCACAAAACCUGCCGCUAGCCAAGUCGUCGCAGUUCCACUUGGGGAGAACUCUGACCCUACUCAACGAAAAAUUGGCAACGGGGGCCUCGCAUCUGGAUGACACGACCAUCUAUACCGUUAUGCUCCUGGCAAUUGCUUCUAGCACUAGCGGCGACUACAAAGCCAGUGAUGCGCACAUGGCGGGUCUGCAACGGCUUGUAGAGAUGCGAGGCAGCCACAGGUACCUCGGGGUAAACCCUGUCACCCAGUUCAAGCUCGAGUGCCUGGACCUGAUGUGGUGCCUCACUGCAGGAGGGGAGCCGCUGUUUCUGAAGGGCCCCGUUUCAUGGGAUCCAGUCUUUACGCGCCCGUCGCCGUCGAUCGACACUGAACUGUCUCCGGCUCUCUUCGAGGCAUUCACGGACCCCAGACUCAUCAUUGCCUUUCAGGACUUGCAGCGCCUGACGGAGCUGAUUAACACGCACACGGAUAGCAAUAUGCGACUGAACGCUAGUGAGUUCCAGCCCGUCCUCAGCUCAAUUCAGACUCGGCUGCUGCAUCUCAAGGACUUGCUAGUUGGUAUGCCUGGUGGAUGGCUAUGUCUGGGGAUGCUGGCCUUUCUCACGACAAUAUUCCAGGUCCCUGGACGGCAUAUAGCUUACGAGCACUUGACGGACCGACUCCGGCGCACAUGUAGAGAUCUCGCAGCGCCAGCAGCAGCCUCAAUAUCCCAAUCGAUGUCAGCAUCAAUAUUAACAAACUCGGGCCUCCGACCCGCCUUGCGCUGGUUGGUGAUUGUCUGCGGCAUGACUGUCUUUGGUACCAAUGAGCGAUGGCUUCAGGAGCUCUGGCACGGCAUCGCGGAGCCAAACUUGCUAUGGGCAGAGACACGAACAGAGCUCAAGCGGAUCAUGUGGAUCGGGUGCAUCCACGAUGAGAAAGGCCGGCAAAUCUUUGCUGCUUUGAUGCUUAAAAGGCGAAGUAUAUAA